AUGUCUCCAGUGACAGACCAACAAAGGCGAUCCAUUGCCUCGCAGGCUAUCGCGAGCCUCAGCUUCCUCCCCUUGAUUCGACGCUCGCGGCACGGCGCAUACAACGGUAAGGGGCGUUACAAUAGGCAGGCUGAGGCGCGACUCAAUAGCAGCAGUUCCCUAACAAGCACAUGCCCCCUGCUACUACCGCCAGUCCGCUCUAGGGGAAGCAGAUGUGGCAUUGGGCCAGUGAGGGRGCAGGCGCCGCUGCGACAAUGGACAGCCAACACCUCCGCCAGCAUCUCCGCCAGUACCAGCGAGGACACCUCCUUCAGCCGCCGCUCGCCUGCGCCGCUUCUCCCCUACUACGAUGAUUCGCGGUCCGGUAGAAGACUCGGCUCCAUUCUCUGUGAUGCGACACCUACGGCUUUGCGGCGCCAGGGAGCAUACAACGGCAAAGGGCACUCGGUGAGUACAGCGCGACAGCAGCAUUUGGGCCGAUAA